ACCUCUGCUUGGAGAAGAUGACCAACAUUUGCACGAGCCUUCGCGGUGAAAUGAAGGCGGUGACUUGACUUGAGAUCUCAACCGGGGUGAUUUAUGAUAGACACGUGAUCCGUUUGAAAAAGACUCCUGGGGUAGAAAGUAAUCAUAAAAUUUAGUCACUAUCCGUUAUCUCUUUCGAGCGAACGGUCGUAUUCUUUUGGUCUACCAAACCUAGGCACAAAUCUUUUCUCGGACUUUCGCGUUCACGUCGGGACUGCGUCAACAGAUAACGCCUCCACCGACCUUGGACACAGAGUCUUUUCUCGGACUUUCGCGUUCGUGUCGGGACUGCGUCAACAGAUAACGCCUCCACCGACCUUGGACACACAAAUCUUUUCUCGGACUUCGAGUCGCGUUCACGUCGGGACUGCGUCAACAGAUAACGCCUCUACCGACCUUGGACACACAAAUCUUUUCUCGGACUUUCGCGUUCACGUCGGGACUGCGUCAACAGAUAACGCCUCUACCGACCUUGGACACACAAAUCUUUUCUCGGACUUCGAGUCGCGUUCACGUCGGGACUGCGUCAACAGAUAACCCCUCUACCGACCUUGGACACACAAAUCUUUUCUCGGACUUUCGCGUUCACGUCGGGACUGCGUCAACAGAUAACGCCUCCACCGACCUUGGACACACAAAUCUUUUCUCGGACUUUCGCGUUCACGUCGGGACUGCGUCAACAGAUAACGCCUCCAUCGACUCAAGGUCGCCAGCAAUGGAUUCGGAAACGGAUUCGAGCCUGUGUGAUGUUUGUGGCAGUAUGUUCCCCACCCUCUUCAUGCUGAAGCAGCACAUGUCAGUGAGACACCAUAGGAAUGUCAUCAAUAGCUUAGCUGAACCAAGCUAUGAUGCGCACCUGAGGCAGCUACUGGCUAACCUUCGCCAGGAGAAUAUGGUGGUGAGGAAUGGAAUCCUAGGAGAUGGGAACUGCCAAUUCGCAGCAUUUGCCGACCAACUGAAACUGCUCGGCAAAGUGAGAGGCAGCUUGACAGUCAAGCAUGUAAGAGAGAUGGCAGUCUCAUAUCUAAGAGCCAAUCGUCGGUUGCCCGGUUCUGGAGUUGAUUGGACGGAGUUUGUCGCAGAAGACUGGGAUCAAUACUUGCUUAAGAUGGCAAGAAAUGGAGAAUGGGGUGACCAUCUCACCCUUUGUGCUCUGGCGAACACAUUUCAGGUGUCCAUCCUCAUCGUCAGGAGCUCUUCGACUUUGCGAGAUGAGUACCUCACCAAAAUACAACCGUCAUGGAUGUCUCCCAGGAGGGAUAUUGGACGUCCCAUCCUACUGGGACACAUAUCAGAAACCCAUUUUGUCAGCUUGGGGAUUGAUGAGAAGGUAAUGUCAAAAACUAUUGAUAACUGA